AACCGUGUUUCUGCAUAUUGUUUACGAUACAUACGUAGAGCUCAUCAGACGUCACGCUCCUUGUCACAAAAGCGGCAUUGACUCGCGCAAACAAAGGCUACCAAAAGUGAAUUAUUUUGCAUAAAACCGUGUGUAACAAUAAGGAUAUUGUAGCAUGUUCCUGUUUUAUUAGACACAGCUUCACUCCAUAUGACUUCAUAUUGAAAAUUUGAAAAUCGUUGAAGUUGGUCUUUAAAAGGUGACCAGUCCUAGCUGUUCCAUACAUCUUCAAGAUUGAAUGCAGUACAUUGCACCACCUAUAGGCACACGCGCAUCAUGGGCGGGUCUACACGUUCACACCCAUGGCGAUGGAUGAUCCUACUGUCUCGUUUCGUCUGGUCACUCACCUGUGUUGGUAAUUUGAAAGCGUUGGGGGUCUUCAUACCUCAGUUUGUCCAGCACUUCUCUACUACCACAGCUGCCGCUGGUCUCGCCUGCAGUGCCUCCGUGGGAUUUGGUAUGAUCAUAGCCGGACCUUUCGUAGGUGCUUUGGUCAAGUCAUGUGACCCACGCAAGCUGACCAUGGCUGGAGGAAUGCUGUCUGCAUUGGCUACCAUGGCUGCCGCAUCUUCGUCAUCGGUGACGCAGUUGGCAGUGUGGUUCGCGCUAUCGAGUAUUGGUCUGGUUUUUAUCCAAGUUGCUUCCAUGAAACCGUUUGUGGAUUAUUUCCCGGAGAACUUCGCUUUUGCCAACGGCUUUUCUCUAGCUGGAGGUACGAUCGGCAUGAUGGUAUUGCCACCCGUUACGGAGUACCUUGUCUCAGUGUACGGAUGGAGGAGUGCACUAGCAUUCAUGGGGGCCUUCAGCCUUCACUACGUCGUGUCCGGAGCGCUUCUUAGACCUUUACCAGGUGGUGCAGGACGGUACAAGCAGGUGCCAAAUGAUGGAGAUCCUGUCGAAACGCCAAAGCCACAUAAUCUAGGUAAAUUCAAAGGCGGAGCGAGAAGUUUAAGUUUUCAAGACUUCAGGGAGAGUUUAAGGGAUCAAUUCGACGCCCAUUUACUGACGGAACCCUUAUUUAUUGUCUAUCAAUUGGUGGCAGUGCUGUGCGGUGGGAUCUUCACCAUGUGGCAUCUGUUUCUAAUUCCGCAAGGCAUAGAGCUCGGAUAUGGAGACUCUAAAGCGGCAUUCCUGGCCACGUUCGCAGGUCUGGGCUUACUAGCUGGCCGCCUCGGCCACGGCACCUUGGUGGAUCGUGGUCUCGUCAAGGCGUGGGCCCUCUUCGUCGCCACCUCGCUAGUUUUUGCGGCAUCAUGUCUGGCCGAUCCUUUGAUCGUCUCACCGUACGCUGCUCUGGCGGCUACCUGCGUCGUCUCAGGGAUCGCUGUGGGCGUGUUCUACCCCCUGACCUACGUGAUUGUGCGUGAGAUUACUGGAGAUCAGCACAUGUCAGCAUACGGGUGGCUCUUCACUUCAAUCGGUGCGGGUGAAAUGCUAGGAGGAGUCAUUUUAGGAUGGAUUCACGAUGUAAGUGGAAAUUAUGUGGUCGUUUUCAUGGCAAUUGGAGUGUUGGCUUUCACCAUGGCAGCAAUUUUAGUAAUAACUCGAUUGUUGGUAUAUUGCUGUGAAAGCGGUGACGAGCCACAAAGCUGAGCCACUGGAGACAAUGGACAGUCAUCAUAAGCAUUUAGAGAAAAUUACUCCGAGGUUCGUUCAAGAUCUCCAUGGGCUAUUUUCUCGUUUCAUCCCGAAAAUACAUUUGUUUUGAAAUUUGUUUUCUAGCAAUACAAAAGUUUUUCACUU